AUUUUUUAUUACACACAGACGUCAUCCUUGGGAUUAUCCUUCUGAUUAUCAUAAUUAUCGAUUCCCCGUGCCUCUCAAACAAACCAAAAGGUAUGGCACACCAAUCCACUACCCUUUUCACCAUUUUUAAAUGUCGCACAGUUUAAAAGCUUCGUUAAAGUAGUAUAUUGUGUUGGUGUGUAUGGUAUAAAUGUGGAUCUGUCAAUCAUCAGAUGUUUAUCUGCAGUAAAAGUUCAUGCCCUAUAAGAAAAAGAUGUGGGAUUUUCUUUUUCUAGGCUAGGUCUGGCGCUUUUUUGCUUAUGCAGGCUAACUGUUCGACAAAAGUCCUUAGACCCUUUACUUUGUUUUUUGAGUGGAUAAUAGUAUGGUUAAUCGUGGAGAAAAGUUUACCAUAAAGAAACAAUUGGGAUGGAGGGAAAAAUCUUAGGAAUCACGACUAUGAUAUUGUCCACUUUGAGUAUAAGCUCUUGUAAUUUUGUUUUGAGUUUCUCCUAAAUACCUUAUUCCAAUAGGGACGUAUUCUUUAUUUAUAGAUCCAUGAUCCUUCUCUAAAUUAGGUGGGACUCCUUUCAAUGAAGAACUUUUUAGCAAAAUAAGGUAGACAUUCUUUUUACUACUCGCUUAGUUCUGUUUUGAAAUUCAAAGGAUGCAGCUACCCAUGUACAAGAUUUCUUACUUUACAUUGUGAUAAAGUCGGUGAAGGACAAAUGAGUAACCAUGGCAAUCAUGAAGAUGGCUUAUGGACGAUGUCAGUUUAAAUGGAAAACAAAAAGCAGCAAAAACAAAUGCACUAUCGACCUUGAAAUGGGGCCAUUUUUUAGUAUGUAAAUGGAAUUCGUGUCCUCUUUCUGGCUUUCAUUUUCCUCAAUAAAGUGAGAGAAUCUUGAAACUCGGGUCCAAAACGUGACUUCCCAUUUCAUUUUUCUCUGUUAAAUACCCCAAAUGAGCUCUGAAGACUGAACGAAUAAGUCAUGCUCGUCUCUCUCAACUCAGAUAAGGAAAUGAGCUCAUGUUUCGUUAAGUGUUCAUCAACUCGGCUGGAGAACAUUGAUGAAAAUGGCCCUGCAAGUUGGUUACCGAGUUCAUGUGUUCUACCUGAAACCCCAAUUGAGUCCAUGGAGUUUCUUGGCAGAUCCUGGAGCCUUUCGGCUAAAGAGCUCUCCAAAGCUCUUUCCACUGCCAAUGCUCCAAGUCAUGUUCAAAAUUCAGUGGUUGGAUUUCUUAGUGCUGAAGCACAUGAUUCAAACUCCACAGUCUUGAGGGAACCACUACGUCCACACUUACCCAGUGGAGAUAGUCCUCCUGCUUCCCCAAGAGGAAGUGACGAAAUGAAGGAUCUAGUAUUACUUCACCAAGCAUUGAAUCCAGAGUUCCUUUCCAAUCAGCAUCUACUUGGAAAUGGGCUAUAUAAGAGCAUAUUGAGAGGCAACAAAACAUUGGGGAGGUGGAUGAAGGAUCAAAAAGAGAGGAAGAAGCAGGAAAUCAGAACACAGAAUGCUCAAUUACAUGCAGCUGUAUCUGUGGCAGGUGUUGCUGCUUCAGUAGCAGCAUUUAUUGCAACGCUCGUGCCGCAAGAAACAUCAUCAAGUAAUCAGAAAUGGCCAUCAAAGACAUCAGCAGCAAUUGCUUCUGCAGCUGCUUUAGUUGCAUCUCAUUGCAUAGAGAUGGCAGAGGAAAUGGGAGCUAGCCAUGAACAUAUCUUGAAUGUAGUUAACUCUGCCAUCAAUGCUAGAACUAAUGGAGAUAUCAUGACCCUAACAGCAGGAGCAGCUACAGCGUUAAGAGGAGCUGCAACCCUCAGGUCAAGGCUUGAGAAAGGGUUGGGAGGCACAAACUUUGGGGCGGGAGAGGACAAGGUAGAAGAAGAAGGGAAAGAAUCAAACAUCUUGAUAGCUAUUAACUUCGUUUCCAGAGGAGGAGAGCUUCUCAAACGCACAAGGAAAGGGGUUCUCCACUGGAAGCAAGUUUCUUUCAGCAUAAAUUCUGAUUGGCAGGUAGUGGCAAAAUUGAAAAGCAGGCACAUAGCAGGAACAUUUACCAAAAACAAAAAGUGUGUGAUCUCAGGUGUGAACUGUGAUGUCGCAGCAUGGCCCGAGCGGGAAACGGAAUCGGACGGCGACGAGCAGAGGGCUUACUUUGGUAUAGUAACAACAGAUAGAACAAUAGAGUUUGAAUGCAAUGGAAAAGGAGAAAAACAGAUGUGGAUUGAGGGGAUACAAUAUAUGAUGAACUUUCGUGCCUACAUGAAAUGAUUCUGACCCUAAAAGAUUGAAGGAAUGUCAUGAAGCUGCUUUCUAUAGUUUGUUGUGUUCUUCUGUUGGAGACUGUUACCCAAGAAUCUUUCAAAGAUUUGAGAUCCUCUUGUAGUUUCAAGUUCUUGACAAACAAUGAAUUGGGGCCUUUCAA